GAACCUGUGGUUGGAUUCUGUCUCAAAUCUCGAACGUCUCCUCAAUUCUAUUUGCAUUUUUUUUAUUUACAUUCAACGGAGUUAGCUUAAAAAGCUGGCGUGGAAGGCUUGUUCAGACAUGGUCUUUACUUAGCUAAAAAGCUGCAAAAAUGGAUUACAAACAACGCACUUUACUCCUCCAGCGAGCGUCCGAAAGCGCAGGAAGGAAGUGGUCUGUUUUGGAAGGAGGUGAGGAGCAAGAACUUAUCAAUAUCAGGGAUAUCAUCCAACUUAAGGAUGCCGCGGAUACGGAGAUGCACGUCUCCGAGGUGCUCAUUGGCUCUCUGAUGGAAACCAUGCUGUUCAGACUCUUUAUCAUCGUCGUGAUUACCCUCAACUGCAUCACCAUUGGCAUUCAAACCAAUGACUUAAUUGCAAAAAAGUAUGACAUUGAGUUCACCAUCUGUGAGCAUAUCAUUCUGACCGUCUUCAUCUGGGAGCUUCUGGUGAAGUGGUACUAUGGAUUCAAAAUCUUCUGGAAAAGUGGCUGGAACAUUAUAGACGGUGUGGUCACUUUGUGCCUCAUUGUUGGACCCAUGCUGUUGUCCCACUCAGGAGCAAAUGUACUGAAGAUCAUCAGGGUGCUGCGAGUGAUUCGCAGCGUCCGUGGCUUCGCCUCCCUGCAGGGCGUGUCUGUGAUCGUUCACGUCAUCAUGCAGUCCAUCCCAGACAUGGCCACCAUCUUCCUCCUCCUCGGCAUCAUCAUGCUGGUGUUUGCUGUUUUCGGCGUGACCCUCUUCAGCGCUGCCGUGCCCUAUGCGUUUGGAGACCUGUCCUCAGCUCUCUACACCCUGUUCAUCUGCAUCACCCAGGACGGCUGGAUGGCCAUCUACAGGGAGUUCUACAAGGAGGAGGAGGGUUUGAUGUACGGCGCCUCCAUUUACUUCUUCAUCUUCCUGACGGGCGGAGCAUUCAUCUUCGCCAACCUCCUGGUUGCUGUGGUCACUACCAAUCUGGAGAUCUGCAUGUUCGACAGCGAGGAAAACAAAGACAAGGAUAAUGAGGCCACUGAGGGCCAGAACCUGAUCCACGUGGAGGAUGUGGUGACCAGGACCAUCAUGGUGCGGCGCCAGAGGCCCUGGAAGGCCAGCCGCCUGGAGAACCUCACCCUGGACACCCUGGAGGAGUACAUUUUGGUCCUCUCCACCCUGCAGAAAAACAUGGACAGCUACAAGCAGAUACGGCAGGAGCUGGACAGUAUCGUAGACGAGUUGCACAGCCUGUCGUUCAACAAGGAGCAGGAGCAGGAGGUGAUCCUGAGGAACCAGGUGGGCGCCUCGCUGCAGGAGAACCUGUGGAAGAAUGAAAUCGCAUCAGGACGGACAGGAGACAUGCUGUCCACCCUCAUCACCUUGGAGAAGGCGCACGUGAUCGACUCAGGCACGCCCUCUCCGGGGUUGUUUCAGAAGGGCAUGCGCCACGCUGCCAUGAGGAGGUCGAUGGGAACCGUGGACAACAAUCCUCCUACCACUCCCACUGACGAGCAAACAGAGGAACCCUCCCCAAGCACAGAAUAACCACACAC